GCCACUGAGAUUGCAAGUUUAGAGAGCUGAUUUCAAAUUUCCGCUCUGCACACUUUAAUUCGUACUCGUACAGAAGACAAAGCAUACUCAAUAAUGAAUUUCAUUAGUUGACUGAUAACUUGCAUGCAGAUGUUUGUGUCCAGAUAGUUAAUUUAUUUACAGUUGACAGAAAGUUGCGGUUUAACUGUGUGAUAUAAUGCGAACAUGUUUGCUUUUGACUAGAUAAAAAUAUUGUUAUAUCUUGGUUUUCUGAUAUUCAGAUAAACGUUCACGAGAUUUUCAAUUUUGUAACCCAAUCUUCUAACUUGAGGGUUAUUUCUGGCUUUUUUAUUAUUUGAUCAAGAGCGAUUUCUAGGUGUAAAAGUAUGUCAUUGAGUCUUGGAGUAACUUUCAAACGUAGAGUUCCUCUCACAUACGAAAGCAUCUUUUUGUCACCGCAUUACUGAUACUGCGUAUCAUUUUCAUACCCAUGUAUUUUUCGUUUAGCCCAGAACUGCUGUUACAAUUAUUUUCUCCUAAUGCUUCUUGGAAUAAACGCCGUCUAGUUACAUGAUCAGUGAUAUGAAAACUAAUAGGCUAAAAUAUUUUGGCAAUAUAUAUUUGCAAGGAGUUUUCUGUUAUACGACAUGUAUGUAUGCCAACUAUGUUUAAUUUCAACUGCGUCACUGCCCGUAAUAUGGCAUAGAAAAAAGAAACCCAAAUACCUCCGGUAUUUUCUUGAUGUUAAAAUGCUCUCCUGGCAGUUUUCACACUGAAAUUCGAACAGUUAAGAGCACGAAAGUCGUUUUAUUUUCGAAAUUUGGUUUUAUCUCUAACUUUAUUUGGAAACUUGCACGCACCAAAAUUAUUUGUAAAAUCUAGCGUAAUUUACAACUUCACUUGGGAGUUUAAAGUGAAGUUCACCCUUCUUCACUAUGCCGGAAUAAAUGCAUAUUAGCAAGUAAAAUGCACCUUAAUUACCGAAUUAAAGGUAGUAAUCCACUUCAUUGACCGUUAGAGUGUUUGGAUUUUUCAAUAAAAAUAAUCCCGGUCUCAGCUCCGAUGAUGUUUCUAAUUGGACGUCGUUCUGCGUAUGUUUCGCAUUCUGUUAAACUUUGUUACCGAAAGCUAAUAUCGCUUCUUGUUUUCUAAGAGAUCAAUUUUUACUGAAUGUCAUCCAAUGAAUCCUCAGUGUUCAAACAAAAUACUGAUGCUAAAUUUAAAGGUCUAAGUACAAAAUCCAGUAAAAUGUAAAUUAGCGGACAAAGUUCUUCAGUACGAUAAGUAAAUAAAUUAUUUUAGUUGAAGGUUUAGUUUUAUAACUAAGUGGCUUGACAGCUUCAUAUACUUUUACAGUUAUGUAGAUCCAAAUGAUUUGUUUAUCGGCAAAAUACGAAUCAAGGCAAAAGGCUACACAGAUUUUAAUUAACCUAUAUAACUUGAGAAACUACUAGGUGACCAAGUAAUACUUCGACAUCUGAUUUGCUGAUCUAUCCCGUCACCUUAGGAGUGAAAUCUGCAUCAUGAACCUUCUUUGUGUUUUCUUUGCUAUGAUAUAUAUAAGGAUUUUCAGAAAAAAUACGGACUGAUACCUUAAGUAAAAAAGAGUCGUUAUCUGGUAACUAUUUAUUCCAAAGUCGUUCUGGAAUCUGAUUUUAAGCAGAUAGACCUAAUACUCAGCAGAAUUAACAUUCCGCAAGUCAUAACAGUUAUCUCGUACCCAAUAGUCGUCAUUUAUUAAGCAGACUCCAAUGAUAACAAUAUCAGAUUUGAAACACUAUGAGGUAGCAGAGUAGUAUUAUCAGUCUCACUCAACCUGAUUCGGUUUGGGAAACUGAGUAGUAUCCUAACCGACACAGCGUGGCUCAUAUCCAAGUAAGAGUUAACUGGAAAAUUUCAAGAUCACAAGUUCUUGCAGACGAAUUAAAUGGCACAAAGUCAAAAACAUAUUUAGGUAAUUUUAAAAACUAGGACAUACAGUGCAUACUUUUUACUGCUUCCUUUAUUAUUUAUUAUUUAAUAACCAUACUCUACUGAACCUUUUACCUCUGAUUCUUUUCCAUUCUAACUGUCAUUACUCGGUCUUAUUCCUCUUCAAUAAUCCCUCGUUACUCUUAAUAGGAACUGGUACAACUGUGUCAAAUUUUACAUCUACAAUUAUCUAAUGACUGGAUGCUUGCUCAGUAGUAGUAAAAUAAUAAGAUACAGUACAUCUUGCCUGUUUAAUUACUAUAUGUAUAUGCACUUUUUUUCAGAUCGUAUGGAAAUUAUCUUGUAUCGUUUGGACUUUGUUCAGAUGGGUUUUUACUACUCGAUGUAGGCUUUCUGUUUUACUUUGUAUUUUUCUGACGACUGUUUUCUUGUAUAUCAUCGGAAAGCAACAUCAAAUAAGUUUCAGUAGUGAUGCAAGUAAACCGAUUUUGUACAUAAUCACUGCUACUUACCGACGAAACGUCCAACGUGCAGAACUUACAAGAAUGUGUAACACUCUACACAAUUUGAAGGAUAUUUUAUGGAUUCUUGUAGAAGACAGCUCAGAACCUUCAUGGGUUGUAUCAAACAUUUUAAAUGAUUGUGGUGUCCCUUUUGUGCAUUUAAAUAUUCCAACACCACAGUCAGAAAAACCUAAAGUGAAUGAACCCUUCUGGUUUCGUCCUAAGGGUAUACUGCAACGUAAUCUUGGACUGCAGUGGUUGCGUCAAAAUCUUAUUUUGGGUAAAAACAAAGGUGUCCUAUAUAUCGCAGAUGAUGACAACGCCUAUAAUUUACGCAUUUUUGAAGAGAUGCGUCGUACAAACAGAGUUUCAACAUGGCCGGUUGGAUUUGCAGGGGAACUUCCAUGGGAGGGUUGUGUGACAUCUAAAAAUCGAACACACAUAGUUAGUAUGUGGUCAGUGUACAAACCCGAGCGUCCUUUUCCAAUUGAUAUGGCCGGAUUCGCAGUCAAUGUUGAUCUUAUUCUUCAACACAAAAAUGCUGGAUUUGACUACAGACGUUCACGCGGAAUGCAAGAAUCACAAUUUUUGUUAGACCUUGGUUUAAAAAACUGGAGAGAAUUGGAACCAUUAGCAGAUGGUUGUCGUAAGAUCUUAGUGUGGCAUACACGUACAGCAGAACCACUUUUAACACUUUGGAAUAAACUCAAAUCUCAAGGAGUCAUAUCUCCACCUAUUGAUGAUUGGCCUUAAAUUAUCUCAUACGAUUCGAAAAGAAAACAAAGCUAAUCUAUUCGUUUAUCAAAAUGCUUCUUAGUUAGGUAAUAUUUAUUGAUUCAGUCAUGUUUAAACCAAAUCAAAAGUAACAUCUAAUUGCCAUGUAUAGUCAUUUAUUGAGAUGAUACACAGCACAAUUCUUACAUUUUCCUAUGUAAAUAAUAUUUCAUUUGUUCCAUACUGCUUUUUACUCAUAGAAAUAAAAUAUUUUUUGAAUC